GGCGGCGCGCAGUGCGCACGGCCCCACGCCCAGACCCGCGGGCGCCGCGCUCGCUCGGGCCGUCAGGUGAGCAGGCAGAGCCGCGCCCGCAGCCUGCUGCCCUGAAGACCCCAGAGCCGCCACCACUGUCACUGCCGCCUCCGCGGCGCAUCGCAGACGCCCUGCAGGGAUGAGGGGAGAAUCCUACUUCAUUGGAAUGCGGAGCCUCGGGCAGCAGGCAUCCAUCCCCGAAGAUGGGGGACUUUUCUUCCUCUGCUGUAUAGACAGAGACUGGGCUGUCACUCAGUGUUUUGCUGAAGAGGCCUUCCAAGCAAUCACUGACUUCAAUGAUCUCCCCAAUUCACUGUUCGCCUGCAAUGUCCACCAGUCCGUGUUUGAAGGAGAAGAGAGCAAGGAAAAAUUUGAGGGACUGUUCCGGACUUACGAUGAGUGUGUGACGUUCCAGCUGUUUAAGAGUUUCCGACGGGUCCGGAUAAAUUUCAGCCACCCCAAAUCUGCAGCCCGGGCCCGGAUAGAGCUUCAUGAGACCCAGUUCAGAGGGAAGAAGCUGAAACUCUACUUUGCACAGGUCCAGACCCCCGAGACGGAUGGAGACAAACUGCACUUGGCACCGCCACAGCCUGCCAAACAGUUCCUCAUCUCUCCCCCUUCGUCUCCUCCGGUUGGCUGGAAGCCCAUCACCGAUGCCACCCCAGUCCUCAACUACGACCUCCUUUAUGCUGUGGCCAAACUAGGACCAGGAGAAAAGUAUGAGCUGCAUGCGGGAACUGAGUCUACACCAAGUGUUGUCGUGCAUGUAUGUGACAGUGACAUGGAGGAAGAAGAGGAUCCAAAGACAUCCCCAAAGCCAAAAAUUAUCCAAACCCGGCGUCCUGGCCUGCCACCCUCCGUAUCCAACUGAGCACGUCCAUAAUAAUGCGCAUCUCCUCCGACCAUGCUUCCUCCACCCCUGGUUGUUUGUCCAAAAAAAAAGAAUUGCCUUUAAGUCCUGGGUGUUUGGUUGUUUGAGAUUCCUUCCUUGUAAUUAAGCCUCUCGGACAAAAGGGCUAGGAAAAGGUGAUGAGUCUCCUGGUCAACUCAUACCCAUUAACUAUAAUCCAUUAUUUAGAAAGUUCUAGAAAAAAAAAAGGUAGUAUUUUCUUAUUAAAUAAUCAGUACAGCCUCUAUCUCUGUUCUCUCAUGUUGAUCCAAGCCAGAGACAUCAGUAAUGAAUAGCAUUUAUGUUGUGAGCUGCUCCAGUUCAGUUGUGUGUGUGUGUGUGUGUGUGUGUGUGUGUGUGUGUGUGUGUGUGUGUGUGUGUGUGGUGUUUCUUUCCUGGCCACUUAUAUAGGACCAUAAGUAAACUUGACUUUGACUGCAUGAGAUCCCCCCUACCUGGUCUCACCCAGUCCUCUGCACCCUGACAUUCCCAAGACACGCGCGAUCACCAGCAUUGGUUUUGAUGAUUUGAGGGUACGCCCCAAUUCCACGGCAUCCCAGCCUUGUCCUGUGUAGACAAGGGGUGUCCCCAGCACCAUUCAGCUCAACAAGUCUGGGAAUCAUUAUCAGUUUGAGUCAAUAGCUCUGUCCAAAUUCCUGGAGGCAAAAUUGAGCUUGGCCCCAAAGAUAUUCCUCAGUAGAUUCUGAACAGCACUACCACACAGGACUGACCAGUGUCAGCGGGGAAGCCUGUGUAGGUGACAGAGACAGACUUCAGACAAACCUAUUUAUUAUAAAAGUCUCGUGAGGUCUGAACGGUUGUUCCCCGUGCCCACCCCUGACCCUCGGUCCCCUUUGUAUAUUUGUACAGGUGUUUGAGCAGUGCUUUUAAAAUCCGAAUGUUUUUUAUUUAGUGAUCGUUCAACCAUUAGCUGCUUACCGGCAUCAUACCUGCGUUGCUUCUGAAUGCCUCCUGAUUCUAACGUAGAUAAUCUGAUACUAUUACAUGCUACUACAGUUAAUGCCGAGCUGUAAACGGGUGCAGCGAUGUCUCAUGCCAGUAUGUAACCGACUAGCCAACCUCUUUGCUGUCGAGGACCACCUGUUUUUAAACACAGAUCCAAGUGUCAGUUAUAAACAACUUGGGUUGAUGAUAGACCCCGGAACAUAGACGCAGCUGAGCAUCUCAGAGCACAAAAGGGUGAUGGAGAAAUGGAUGGCGGUCCUACUCAUCCAGUGCCCCUGUGCUCAACCGCCCCCUGUUACUGUUACAUGUGACUUUUGUAUUUCUCUAGCCUAAAGUGCUUUACAGAAGAUACACCCACAGAACCAUACUUUCUGCUCCAUGUGUCAGGCCUCAUCUACUCCUGUUCAUUACCUAGUAAUUUUGGAUGUAAAUACCAUUUACCACAGAAUUGGGCAAGUACUGUCAUGACCUAAGCCUCAGAAAAACACACAAGAACGCUAACACAGCCACCUGAUGGAGGGAUCGUUGUGGGGCUUUUAUUUUAUUUUAUUUUUUUAACUAAGGUGUAUGUUGGUUUCAAGAGAAACUGCAACCCUUGACUGAUCACUCAGAAAAUUAAAGUCCGUUCUACUGUGAAUAUAGCAAUAUAGUACUGGACACAGUACAGUAUGGUUGAAACCAAGGACAGCAUUGCUUCUGGAAUCCUGAGUUUCCAUGGGGACAAUAAGUCUCUUUUUCAAAAUCAGACCUGAGGAGUGUAUAAUAAGCAAAUGCUUUGACUUUCCUGUGUUGUGGAGGGUUUUGAUUUUUCACUGACCAAUGAAAGACUACAAAUAGUGGGGAGAUUCUGCCCUCUAGUGGCAGAAACAUUGAACUCUGUGCAGAUAGAUGGAUUACAACAAUCAACUGCCAGCGGGGCUGACUUUCUCAUCCAUAUUAAUUUUCGGGAUGCAGGUUCUGA